AUGGUCAAUUUCCAGCAAUUUGUUCGGCGCAUAGAAGUCAAACGGGAAGAUGGCGGCCCAAACGACGCAAAGGCCAACUUUGAUACUCUCCCCUUACCACCGGAGAGAAGAACAUUCGGCCCCUGGGAAUUCGUCACACUUUGGGUCAUCACUGGCUCUUUCAAUAUCGGCGGAUGGACCACCGGCUCCUCGCUGAUAGCAUUAGGGCUCAAUGUCUGGCAAUGCAUGUUAACAGUCAUCAUUGGCAAUAUCCUGGUCGGCAUAUUCUGUGUCCUUAGCGGAGCCCCAGGUGCAAAAUGGCACAUUCCAUUCCCGAUCAUCCAGAAAGCUCCAUGGGGAGUGUAUGGGUUUCUCUUCGUCGUGAUCCAGCGCGUCUUCCUUGCUUGCAUUUGGUUCUCCACUCAAGUCUACUGGGGCGGACAAUGUGUCCGAACCCUUUUCACCGCGAUGUGGCCGUCCUUCGCUGAUCUCGAUACGCCCCUGGCGAAUGGUACCAUGACGACGGGAGAUUUUGUGGGCUUCAUUGUCUUCACCGUCUUCUACCUCCCUCUGAUGUGGAUUCGGCCGGAGAAGUACAAGAUACCGUUCCUGAUCUCUUGCAUCAUGGUCAUUCCAACCAUCUUUGUCACCCUGAUCUGGUUUGCGGCCACCGCCAAAGGCGCUGGAAGCUUCGUUCAUGAUGUCAGCGAGAUCCAAGGCGUUACACAGGCUACUGGGAGCCACCUGGGAUGGAUGAUUGUUCUUGGGAUCUGCACCAACAUCAGCAGUAUCAGUGUCCACAUCUACGUCCAAUCGGACUACACCAGAUACGCGAGGAAACCAAAGGACCAGAUUUUGGCUCAAAUGGUCAUGGUCCCAAUGGGGACAAUAGUCGUCGCCUUGAUUGGAAUCAUCUGCACAUCAUGCGCGGCUUCGAUCUUCCCCGAACAGCAAGGAACUCUUCUGUGGGAACCUUACCGCCUUUUCGGUGCCCUUCAACAACACUACAACAACUCGCCUCGCUCUAGAGCUGCUGCCGCUUUCGGAAGUCUUUCGUUUAUGGUCGCACAGUUUGGAAUGGUUGUUGCAAACAAUGGUGUCUCGGCCGGAAUCGAUCUUUCGUCUUUACUCCCCCGUUUUUUUACAAUUCGUCGAGGCAUGUAUUUGAUGUCGUGCAUCGCCUUCAUACUUCAACCUUGGCGCCUGCUGAACGGAGCUGGGAAAUUUCUCAACGUUUUAGGCGGUUAUGGUGUCUUCCUUGGGCCGAUGACUGGAAUCACCUUCUGUGACUACUUCCUUGUGCGAAAACGGCUUCUAAAGCUGAGCCACCUGUACCAAAACAACCCUGAGAGUAUCUACUACUACUGGAAGGGAAUGAACUGGCGAGCCCCGGUUGCCUGGUUGAUGGGUGUCUGGAUAACGCUACCGGGGUUUGCAAAACGAGUACAGGAUCCGACAGUGGAGUUGGAAGGCUGGUCUCAGAUGUAUUAUAUCUCAUGGCCAUUGGGGACGUUGAUCUCCAUGAUCACAUACUACGCUCUCCACCAUUUGUUCCCGAUUAAAGGUGUCGGACUGGUUGAUGAUAUCGAUUAUUUUGGUACUUUUGGUCCAGUUGGAACCGUGUUUGUUGACGGCGUUGACCUGCAGGCUCAGAAGGGUGAUCCUGAGAAAGGGGCGCUAGAUCAUGAAUCCGAGAAGACCGACGCCGCCAGCCGUUAG